AUGGCUCUCUGCAACUGCUUUCAGUUUCUAAAAAGGAAGGGAAAGAGGAAAGUUCCUACCUCUGCUGUGAAUGAUCGCCAAAAACACUCCGAGUCAUCCUCUGCAGGUCUGCAGUCAGCCCCCGCAUCAGUCGAGGAGAAGCCGCAGCUUGCAGAGAAAGAAGACACCCACGAGGAUUUGACACUUGUUGCAAAGGAGAUCUGGGAUGACGCAUACGACGAACUGAGAAAUGAUGCCUCGAAGAAGGAAUUGGUUGAUGAAUAUGAGAAGAUUCUUCGGUCGCAACUGCGUGAUCUGCGUUCAGAUAGUCAGCGCGCCUUGAAUAGUGAUGACAGUGAUGGUAACGAAAAAGGCAAUAUAGCCAGCGACCUUGCGCGCCUGGAUAAAAAAGACCGUCAAGCGCUUGUUGACGCAUUAGUUGAAAAAGGCCUGGAAGAAACCAACAAGUCAUCGACUGGCCGGGAGAUCAUCUCAAUUGUUUCAUCCUCUAUCCAGAAGACCAAAGCUAUUGUCGAUUCGGCAGUCUCAGCGUGUCCACCUGCAUCGAUAGCCUGGGCGGCGACUUGUCUGAUUGUCGUCCCAGUCAUUGUCAAUAAUGUCGAGCAGACUGAUGCCAAUCAAGCUGGACUCAACUAUGUGAUAUCCAUAUUGCCGUGGUAUACUCAACUAAUCGAUCUUCUCGAUGCGGAUGCUUGGAACAGCCCUGAGAAAUUCCACGAACUCAAAUCAACAAUCCGAAAGGAAAUCGUGAAGCUAUAUAAGCUCCUAAUUGAAUACCAGCUACGAAGUGUUCGAGCCCAUCACUCCAAGACUACCAUUGCGAGGAAUAUCGUGAAAUGGGAUGACUGGGCGAAGAUGAUCCAGGAUAUCAAGGAUGCUGAACAGCAGCUCAACGGUUAUAUCUCAACUUACCACAAGGUGAAAUUCCAACACAAAUUCGACGCCAUGGGGGACAGGAUUCAAGAGAUCAGAGACAUUCUCAGCCUUUCCUCGCAGGAGCAGACCGACAUCCUGAAGGAGAUCCGUGACUCCAAUAAUAACCAAAGCAAACUUAUGGAACAGAAUGCGAAGGCAGCCAUCUCCCAGAGAAGAAAAGAGAUCGUCGAUAAGUUCAAGCCCGAUCCCUCGCAUCUCGAUCUCGACAUCUACGCAAGUCAUAUCAGUCAGAUUUCUAGUCCGCAUGACGGGACCGGUCAGGGCGUUCUUCACCAUUCCAAGUUCAAGCAAUGGUCGGACGCGGAAAGAGGUAUAUUGGUGUUGACUGCGCAUCCUGGAACUGGCAAGUCCGUUCUCGCAAAGCACUUGCUGGAGGAGUUGCCGAAAUACAAGCCCACCAGCAUCUGUUCUUUCUUCUUCAUGGACCGCACUGGACAUACCAACCCGAGAACCGCUCUGUGCAAGAUCAUAUAUGAGCUUCUCAAGCAAUGUUCCACACUUGAUGCAGUGAGCGACAGGGCCGAUCGGUUAGACACGCAUGACAUACAGCUUGACUCGAGGAAAUUCUGGUCUCUCUUUAAUGCUGCAGUCCAGGACACCAGUCAUGGUAGUGUGGUCGUUGUUCUGGAUGCACUUGAUGAAUGUGAUCAUGAUCAAGUAAAACCACUGAUCAAGGCAUUGAGAAACUACCAUUCUUCUUUUCCAACCUCGCGAGUGAGGUUCCUGCUUACUACACGUCCUCUGCCCGAUAUACUCCAGGAGUUUGAGGAAGCCUCCAUCAUGAACUGGGACGAUGACCCCGGCUGCCGUGAAUCUCUGAGCAGAGAUAUUGCCGACGUGACCAACUUCCAUAUUGAGAAACUCUCCAAAGAUAAGGAUAUUGAUGAAGACACACAGCAGGAGCUUCUUGAUCGGUUGGAGGCAGGCCGUGAUCGUACAUAUCUUUUUGUGCAAUUGCUCUUCGACUACCUCGAGAGACAAGGCCGGCAAGUCAGCUCCGAAGACUGGCUGGACAUUUUUCAAACAUUGCCAGACGAUCUUCCAAGUACCUAUGGGGCAUUUUUGCGAGACGUUCGCAAGAAUAAUCACUUCAAGGUGAGGACGAUGCUCAAGAUCGUCCUGGCGGCGGCGAGGCCAUUGACAUUGAGGGAAAUGAACAUUGCAUUGAUCCUCCACUUGAAGGAUUACUCCUCUUGUCAAACGGAAGAUCAGAUGAAGCUACAGUCUCCGGAGAGUUUUAAGAAAUGGAUCUUUGAAGCGUGUGGGUUCUGCUUUGACAUCUACAAUGACCGAAUCUACUUCAUCCACCAGACGGUCAAGGAUUACCUCCUGUCCAGUGAAUUUGAUGAUCAAGUGGGUUGGUUGGGUGAUUUUUCCAUCAAAUCUUGUGAACAGACUAUUGCGAAAAGCUGCAUUAAGUACUUGUCGCUUUCUUUUAUAAAAGAAGGGAAGUUCAUGAGUGUUCAAGAGUGUAUAGAUGCUCCUUCAUAUACGAUGGCCGUCUAUCACCAGUGGUGUACGACAACGUUUGCAUUUGGAGAUUAUGCAUUCUCCAAGUGGAUCAUCCAUCUGAUCAACAGUCAUGGGCCAGAGGAAAGUCAAGAGCAGACAAAAACACUCACUGAUAUGGUCGUCGAAUAUCCUGAGAUGCCGGUGGAUCUCGCCGUGUCGAUAUUCUGCUGUUCCACCUUGGCUUCUCAUAUCGAAGCAAAGGCAUUCGUCGGAUUUCUGCCAUCGGAAUAUCCCGAUCGCAUUGAUAUCCUCAGUGCAUUGGGCCAAAGCCUCAUUACCAGAAUCGAAAACAUGCACGGUGGGACUGCUGACCUCGAGUAUGGAGUCACUUUGGCCGAACAAGUCAGAGAGCAAACACCCGACGAUCAUCCAAAAUUUGCAAAAAGGCUCGCCAUUUUGAGUAUGGGAUUAAGGCGCAAGGCAACAAAAGUUCGUGAUCCUCUCAUUCUUGAGCAAGCUAUCCAGGUUGCGGAGGAAGCAGUCGCCAUCACACCACCGGGCCACCCUGACCGGCCUCGCACUCUGCAUACACGCGCAUGUGCAUUCAACUAUCAAUUCAGAGACGACAAGCGAAUGGAGGAUAUCAACCAAGCCAUCGAUGACUCUGUGAAAGCUGUCGAAUGCACACCGGCCCAAGACCCUGACCGACCUCUAUAUCUGUGCCGGUUAGCAUGCUAUUUGAGUGAGCGAUACGACAUCACAGAAGAAAUGGAAGAUCUUGAUGAGGCUACUAGGCUUGCUGAAGAGGCCAUUGACGCGUUACCAGAAGGUCAUCCACGGGAGUAUCAAGUUCUCGAUGACCUUUCAAACGUGCUCAUGUCGAAGUGCUACAUGACCGACAAUGUUGACGACACCAAUUGGGCACUUGAGGUCAUGGAAAGAUGCCUGACUCUAUCCGUCAACUUCAGCAUCAGGCUUAGCUUCCUCCAAAAAGCCGCAUACUUUCACUUUCUUCAUCAAGCUCUGACGAAGGAAAAGCACGAUCUUGACCGGGCUGUUGCUGCUGUCAAAGAAGCGCUGGAUGCUACACCUUCCGGUGAUAUCAACCAGGCUUCUGUCGAGGGUCUGUAUACAAGGCUGCGCAGAAAGCAAGGUCAUGAGAAUGAGUGA